AAAUCCGUAUUAUAUCCCUUCAUAAUAUGGUUAGGGGAUAAUUAUGAGACAAUUUAUGAAUCAUAUUUAUUUAAUAUUCAAUCAAAUGGAUCAUUAUUCAUUGAAUGAAUAGGAAGUAAUAAUAAUAAUAAUAAUAAUAAAAACAAUAGAGGAUUAAAUGAAUAAAGAACUAACCGCCUUACCCGUCAUUCUAUGAUUAUUACAAUAUGACAUUACAUACAUGUUGGUAAUAUACAAUCAAUACAAAUAGAUUGAAGUGAUUGUGACACAUUCACACACACACACACACAUACACACACAAGUAAUGAUACCUCAAAUAUAUACCAGGUAUUACAUUAUCCAUUAAAAUUUAUUAUUACUAUCUUGAUUAUCCAUUUGUCAACUUAAAGAUUUGAAAUAAAAUAAUUUUUUUUAUUAAAAACAACUAAGAAAACAUAUGCUAUUGAUAGUUACUACAUAUUAUUCCUUUUUAGCUUAGUUACAAUUGAAAGAAGAGAAAAAAAACAUCAUAGACAACAACCACCACCAUAACAACAACAACAACAACAAUAACACAAUCACACAAUUUCUUUACUCUCGGAUAGAAAAAAAAUAAGACAAUCAAUAAACGUCAGAACAAAUUACACAAAAGAGGAAAUAAACAUUUAAAAUUAUAAAACAAAAAGAAUAUUAUAUCAUGUUGUGGAAUAUAUGAGUGCCAUCUUGAAGUUUGUUUAUUUUGAAUCUGUCCUGGGAACAAAAAACAAACAGACAAACAAACAAACGAAGAAACAGAGACGAAGGUAAUAGUAAAACUGUAAAAACAAAUAAACAAAAAAAGAUUUUUUUUCAACUUGUUUUGAUAUCAGCUUGUAGAAAAAACAAACAAACAAAAGAAACCAACAAAUUGGAUAGUUCAACUUAUUGAGAAAGAGAAUCAAUGUGGUAACAACAGUUAAAAUCAACCAAUUGAUCGUAUUAUAAACUUACAAAUGAUUCUCUUCUUUCAAGAACUAAUCCAUAUUCAAUUUUAUAAUCAUUUAAAAUGGAUGAAAAAAUGAAAGAACCCGAAGACGACGGCGACGAAGAAGAAGAAGAGAAAGAAAAAGACGAAAAAGAAAAAGAACAAAGAAUAGAACAAUCAAUGAAAUUUAAUCCGGAAUGUUCCAAUUCAAUUUAUAAAACUCAACAUAAUAUACUUGAUGAUUAUGAUUUAAGAGGAUUUAAACGUUAUUCAUAUUUAUUACAUCAUCAACCAAGUACAGAAACCGAUAGUUUUGAAAUGUUUCAAUCAGUUGGUUCUACAAAAUUUCUAGAAAAUUUAGAUGAUUUUAAACAUUCCACAAGUGGAAGUUGGAAAUCGGUUAUUUCAAGUUUUGAAGAUAUUGGCACCAAUCAUAAUAACUUUAGUAAUAAUAAUAAUAAUCAUUAUCAUCAAAUCAUUGAAGUAUAUCCACAUUCAUUGAAGCCUAUUGAGGCACAACCAAACUCUUCUUCUUCUACGACGACGUCUAGUACUGCUACUAGUACUACAAUGAAUGUUCCAUCUAAUCAGCGAAUUCAAAUUGAUGAUUUACAAGCAUCCAAAGAACAAUUUGAUUGUUCAUUCAAAUCAAUAAACAAUACAUUAGUCGAUAAUAGUUCUAGUAUCAAUGAUCCUAAUGAACAACAUUGUCAUUUACAACUAGAUAAUAAUAAUCAUCAUCAUGUAAUAAUGCAUAAAACUGAUUUAUUAGAUCAUGAAAUACGUAGAUUUGAAGUAAGAAAACAAUCAAGAUCAUCAAUUUUAUCAAAUAAUCAAUUUAGACGAACAAAAUUUCUUAAACAGAAAUAUACUGACCCGAAUACCACUACGACUACUACUGCUACUACUGCUACUACUGCUACUACUACUACUACUACUACUACUAAUAAUAAUAAUAAUAAUAAUAAUAAUAAUAAUAAUAAUAAUAAUAAUAAUGGUAAUAGUAGUAUUAGUAAUCAUAAUGACACAACAGAGAUGAUGCGUAACUCUUUAUACAAGUUAAAACGAACUGCUACAGAGCAUAUUACUAAUCGUUAUAAAUAUCAUGAUCGAAUGGAAUCCUCUUUAAUGCAUCACCAUCAUCAUCAUCAUCAUCAUCAUCAUCAUCAACAUCAUCAACAACAACAUCAUUCAAAUGAGAAUAGUAUUAUUCCAGAUAAUACUAUAAUUAUACGUCGUAAAUCAACUAUUCAUUGUGUAUAUCCAAGACAUUACAGUGAUACAAUGAGACAAGAUGAACAAUUCAAUUCUCAUACUAUAGACUAUGUAGAUAAGAAUGAUAAGAAUUCUAUACUUGUUAAUAGUAAUAGUAAUAUUACUGGUAAUGGUAAUAGUACUAGUAAUCUCUAUGAAUAUGAUACUCAUUUAAAUGAAUAUAGAUUAAGUGAUAAUUUAAAAUCAUCAUUUGAAAAAGAAGAUGAAAUGAAAUCCGAUAAUUUAUUAGAACGUGAAGCUCAUAUUGGUGCAUUAGCAUUAGCAUGGGCAUCAGGUACGCAUAAACCAAAAAAAUCUCCAUAUGAUAAACAUACAUUAAGUAGAGAAACAUCGGAUAGAGUACAAGUGAAAUUACGACAAUAUAAUCAUACUACUAAUAAUAAUAAUCAUAGUAAAUCACCUAUAAAGAAUCCUGAAAAUUUUAAAUUCAAUGAUUAUACUACUAAUAGUAGUAAAAAGAAUAGAAUGACAUUAUCUACAUUACGUGAGCUUAGUACAUCAAUUUUUACUCCAUCAAAAAGGAAUUUGAUAACCAGUUUUACCCAUCAUCAAAACGUUACUCAUCGACAGAAAGCCCAUUAUUCAAUUCAUGAAAGUGAUAAUCUUGUUCACAGUAAUAAUACUUAUCGACCUAAUCAUGAUGGAAGUAAUAUUCCUACUAUCGCUAAUACUACUACUACUACUACUACUACUACUACUACUACUACUACUACUACUACUACUACUACUACUACUACUACUACUACUACUACUACUACUACUACUAUCACUACUACUCAAAAUAAUAAUAGUAGUAGUAAUAGUAACAAAACUGAUCAUCAUUUAAUACCUCAUAGUAUUAAACAAGCAAUUAUUAGAAAUACAGCAAAAAUUGCUAUCUCACCAAUAUUGAAUACAAAUGAAGAGAAUGAUAAUCAUUCAUAUAAUUCAAUAGAUCCAAUCUGUGAAUUAGAUCAAUUAGAACAAUUCAAUAGAAAAGAUGAUCAUCUACAUGAAUCACAUUCUAUUGAACAAUCAUCAUAUGAUCGUCAACAACAGCAACAGCAACAACUACAGCAAAGUGAAGAAUUACGUAAACUAAUCGAUAAUGAAUCACAACGAAUGAUUCAUAGUCAAAAAUCUUCAUUACAAUCUGAACAAUUACAUGAUAUCAAUGAUAUAUUUGAAACGAAUAAUAAUAAUAAUGAUGAAACAAAUAGACCAAUUGGUAUACGUGCUAAAAUACGUCGUAAUGCAGAAGAUUUACGUUCAUUAUAUGGUACUAGUGGUCCACUUGGUUCAGUUCAACCAACAAUGAAUUAUAAAACAUCAAAUCGUGGAAUUGGUUGGCGUUUACAUUGGCGUAAAAUAUUUAAUGAAAGACGUAGAAAAUUAGCUGAUUAUUCAUUAUUUUUUGCUGUAAUGGGUAUUCUAUUAAUGGUAUUUGAAUUAGAAAUGAUUAUGGCUAAAGUAUAUUUAAGGACAUCAAUCUAUUCCAUAUUGGUAAAAUCAUUGAUCAGUGCAUCAACACUUAUUCUAGUUGGUCUUACACUAGUCUAUCAUGCUGUUGAUGUACAAUUAUUUUGUAUUAAUAAUUGUAUUGAAGAUUGGCGUAUAGCAAUGAAUUGUAGAAAAAUUUCAUUAACAAUAAUUGAAGUAUUUAUAUGUCUUGUACAUCCUCCACCAAUUCUAUCUAAUUACAAUAUAUAUUCAUAUAGAAAUUCAUAUUAUACUGCAUCAACAUUAAAAAGUUUUAAACAAUUUGAUGAUGUUCUGAAUGAUCAAGAACCCUUAUCAUCCUCAUCCUCAUCAUCAUUAUCAUCCAGUAUUCCAAUGAAUUCAUAUUAUAAUAGACCAAUAACUACAUCAAUCUAUGAUUCCAUAUUAGAUAAUCAUACACAAAGAUUAAAUGAUUAUUUACCAUUUCCAAGUGUACCAUUUAUAAAUGAUCAUCAUAAUGAUAUUCAUUAUGAUGAUAAACCUGUACCUAUGAUUAUUUUAGAAUUGACUUUUUCAAUUCCAAUGUUUUUAAGAUUAUAUUUAAUAUUUCGUGUAUUAUUAUUACAUUCAACAAUGUUUACUGAUGCUGGUUCACGUAGUAUUGGUGCAUUGAAUCGUGUGAAAAUCAAUGUUAGAUUUGUAUUAAAAACAUUAGCUACAGUAUGUCCCGGUACUAUGUUAUUAAUAUUUAUAUUAUCUAUGUGGAUUGUAACAAGUUGGAUUAUGCGUGUAUGUGAAAGAGAACAAAAUAAAGAAUAUGAGAAACUUUUAAAUUCAAUGUGGUUAAUUGCUGUUACAUUUUUAAGUAUUGGCUAUGGUGAUAUGGUACCAAAUACAAAUUGUGGCAGAGCAAUAUCUGUAUUAGCUGGUGUUAUGGGAUCUGCAUGUACAGCAUUGGUUGUUGCAGUGGUUGCACGUAAGCUAGAAUUAACAAGAGCUGAGAAACAUGUACACAAUUUUAUGCAAGAUAAUAAAUUCUACAAAAAUCUUCGACAUUCAGCUGCUAAUGUUUUACGUGAAACUUGGCUAUUUUACAAAUAUACAAGACUUGUCAAACGUGUUAAACCAGGUCGAGUAAGAAGGCAUCAAAGAAAAUUUUUAACAGCAAUAAGUAGAUUAAGAAAAGCAAAGGAUAAUCAACGUAAACUGAAAGAAGAUGCUAAUUCUAUGGUGGAUUUAGCUAAACUACAAACUAGCAUAUACGAAACUGUAAAUCAUAUUCGAGCUGAUCAAACAAUUUUUGUUCAACGUUUGGUUGGCGUUGAAAAGUGCAUGACAUCAAUUCAGUCUUAUGUAAAUCAAAUGUCGGAUACAUUCACAGGAAUAAUUGAAACCCUUGAAACAUGUAAUACUACAACUGUACCAUUAGAUGAUGAAACAAUAUCAUCUUAACAAUAUAUACAUAUAUACAAGAUCAUCAUCAUCUAUUGCCUAGACAAUUUGUACAUACAUAGUAACUAUUAGAUCUUAAUAGUAAACAAUGAAGAAAGAUCCUAAAUAAUCAAUCAAUUGUCUUUUGAAUAAUAAUAAUAACCAUAUGGACUUUUGUUAUUCAGUCCUACUUAUCUGCCUAUUUUGAUUUGUAUCCUUCCCUAUAUACAUAAAAAAACAAUGUAUCGCCCCCCCACACACACACCCACCUCCUCUACCCACCCCACCUAUUUUUUAUAAUAUAUAAUAAUUUAUCAUUCAAUUUCUCAACUUAGCACCUUUCUCUCUCUUUCUCUCUCUUCUCGAAUCAUUCAUUCAUUGUCCUUAAAGAAAAGAAAAUGAGAUUAACAAAGAAGAAGUAGUAACAGUAGUAGUAGUAGUAGUAAUACUAUCCUAUUCUUUUAUCUACUAAUUCAUAGUUAUAUUGUACUGUACUAAUGAAGUAUAACAACUUGAACCAAUGCAUAUAUAUAUGCCUGGUCCUAAGUUGUAGCUGACUGACUGUCUGUCUGAGUGAUAUACUUUAACAUUCACUAAUGAAUAAAUCUUUAUUAUGCAUUUAAUUAAUCAUUCAAUGUUUCAAUAUUAAACUUGUUUACAUUAUUCAAUCAAAAACAUUUUUUUACUUUAUAGUAGAACAAAAUGGGAUACUUACCUUCUUUCAUUUCUUUACCCUUAACUUUGUUUAAAUUCAACAACAACAACAACAACAACAAAUAAAUCAGUAUCAUUUUGAAAUGAUAAUCUUUUUGAGAAAUAUUGUUUUCUCUU